AAAAAAAUCUCAAACGUUUGCAAAAUCCACAGGACCCUCCCUUUGCAAUCUCAGAGGACCUUGCUGUUUAAGGGGAGGCUAUUGCAUGGAUGCAGAGGAUAGCAACAUGUGCAAUAAUGGGAAGAUGGCAAACGAAGGCUGUGCAAGUAAGGAAUGUGCAUGUUGCAUCUCAGAAACAGCGACUUGCCGUUGCGGGCUGACCAACGAGCCGACCACCCACGCUCGCAUCGUGGGCGGCGACGAGGUCUCUCCGCCCAACAAAUACCCUUGGUUAGUCGGCCUCCUGCUCCCGUGGGCGUACGGCGACGGCAUUUUCUGCGGCGGCUCCAUCAUCAACAGCCGCUACGUGCUCACCGCCGCCCACUGCCUCUUCGCCAACACCUUCCUCCCUCUCUCCGCGGCCAUGUUCUUGGUGGUCGUUGCCGAGCACGACUAUACCUCCGCGACUGAUGACAUCCCGCGAGUCACUCGUGCGUUGAGGGUUGCCAGCUACCUCGUCCAUAAGGAUUACCACCCGGUGUAUCUGCAUAACGAUAUUGCCCUUCUGCGCCUGCGCGGUGUCCUCGACCUGACUUCCAGCAGGGAGGUCCGAGCGGUGUGCCUGCCCCUCGACCCGACGAAGACCUACGAGGGGCAGACAGGGACGGUCGUCGGCUGGGGGGACACAAGCAGGGGCAAGGGCGUGUACCCGGGUGCCCCGAGGGAGGUCGCCGUGCCCGUGGUCGAGUGCGGGCGCAAGGUUAUCGCCGGAUCGCCUGUGGUUCCGCAGAUGCUGUGCGCAGGAUUUGAGGAAGGCGGGAAGGACUCCUGCUACGGGGACUCCGGAGGACCCCUGACGGUGAAGGAGGGAGGGAGGCACACCCUGGUGGGCGUCGUCUCUUUCGGGAAGGGCUGCGCCAGGAAGGCCUCCCCCGGGGUCUACACGCGGGUCACGGCAUUCCUCGACUGGAUCGCUGCCAACACUGCUGAAGUUAUGUACUGCCAAUAACUUUAGAAAAAGAUUGCAUGAAUGAGAAUUAAUAUCUAUACAGCGCAAGAGAUGCUUCCCUUCCCCUCUCCCUCCCUUCC